UUAUUUUCUUUUGAUGACGGAAAUGCCCUUCCCAUUUUCUAUGGCACCCACCACCACGCUAUCUUCUCUCCCUCUGCUUGUGGUUGUACAUGCAUGGCUUCUCUUCCUAUUUCCACCACGCCAAACCCACAUACAUCUCAUUUCAAACCUAGAAAAUCUUCAAAAUUUGCAUCGACCCGUCUCGCAAAACUCCAAGGAAAAGACGAGAAUCGUCGAAGUUUAUACAAAUCUUACUUCCACCACAUCUCCUCGCUAUGUAAAGAUGGACAUCUACAGGAAUCCGUACACCUUCUUUCUGAAAUGGAGUUUGAAGAUUUCCAAAUUGGGCCGGAAAUUUACGGAGAGCUCCUUCAGGGAUGCAUCUACGAGCGUGCCCUUCACACUGGUCAGCAAAUUCACGCCCGAAUUCUUAAGAACGGGGAUUUCUUUGCUAAAAAUGAGUAUGUUGAAACGAAACUAGUGGUUUUCUAUGCCAAAUGCGACUUUCCGGAGGUGGCCGUACGUUUAUUUCACAGACUCCGUGUGCGGAACGUCUUCUCUUGGGCUGCCAUUGUUGGGCUGCAGUGUAGAAUGGGUUUUAGUGAAGAUGCUUUACUGGGUUUCAUUGAAAUGCAAGAGAAUGGGGUUUUUCCGGAUAAUUUUGUUCUUCCGAAUGUACUGAAGGCUUGUGGUAGUUUGCAGUUGAUUGGUCUUGGGAAAGGAGUUCAUGGUUACGUAUUGAAGAUGGGUUUUGGAGCGUGUGUCUUUGUUUCAAGUAGCCUUGUUGAUAUGUAUGGGAAGUGUGGGGUUUUGGAGGAUGCAAGGAAGGUGUUUGAUAGUAUGAUCGAGAAAAACGUAGUGGCCUGGAACUCGAUGAUUGUAGGAUAUGUUCAAAAUGGGCUCAACCAGGAAGCUAUUGAUGUAUUCUAUGACAUGAGAGUGGAAGGCAUUGAACCAACAAGAGUCACUGUGGCAAGCUUCCUUUCGGCAUCUGCCAAUUUAGAUGCUCUUAUAGAGGGUAAGCAGGGGCAUGCAAUUGCAAUUUUAAGCAGUUUAGAUUUGGAUAAUAUUUUGGGUAGUUCAAUUAUAAACUUCUAUUCAAAGGUUGGUUUGAUUGAGGAUGCCGAGUUAGUUUUUAGUAGAAUGCUUGAGAAAGAUGUGGUGACAUGGAAUUUGCUCAUUUCUAGUUAUGUUCAACAUCAGCAGGUUGGUAAGGCAUUGAAUAUGUGCCAUCUGAUGAGAUCAGAAAAGUUGAGAUUCGACUCUGUAACUCUGUCAUCCAUAUUGUCUGCCUCUGCUGUUACAAGCAAUAUAAAACUUGGCAAAGAGGGCCACUGUUAUUGUAUUAGGAGAAACCUUGAAUCGGAUGUGGUUGUCGCGAGUAGCAUCAUUGAUAUGUAUGCCAAAUGUGAAAGAAUUGAUGAUGCAAGAAAAGUAUUCAACUCCACAACUGAAAGAGAUCUUGUUUUGUGGAAUACCCUACUGGCUGCUUACGCACAGGUGGGUCUAAGUGGUGAAGCCUUGAAAUUGUUCUAUCAGAUGCAGUUUGACAGUGUACCACCAAAUGUGAUAUCAUGGAAUUCGGUAAUUUUGGGAUUCCUGAGAAAUGGUCAGGUUAAUGAGGCAAAGGACAUGUUCUCACAGAUGCAGUCCCUUGGGUUCCAGCCUAACCUCAUCACUUGGACUACCCUUAUCUCUGGUUUAGCUCAAAGUGGAUUUGGCUAUGAAGCAAUUCUGUUUUUCCAGCAAAUGCAGGAAUCAGGAAUCCGACCUAGUAUUGCCAGCAUUACCAGUGUACUUUUGGCUUGUACAGAUAUACCCUCAUUGUGGUAUGGAAGAGCCAUUCAUGGCUUCAUUACAAGGCAUGAAUUUUGCUUGUCUGUUCCAGUUGCAACUUCUUUAGUGGACAUGUAUGCUAAAUGUGGAAGCAUAGAUGAAGCAAAGAAAGUGUUUCAUAUGAUGUCAAGCAAAGAGUUGCCUAUCUAUAAUGCAAUGAUUUCUGCUUAUGCAUUACAUGGUCAAGCUGUAGAAGCUCUUGCACUAUUUAAACAUCUGCAGAAGGAAGGUAUAGAACCAGAUAGCAUAACCUUCACCAGCAUUUUAUCAGCAUGCAGCCAUGCUGGGCUCGUGAAUGAAGGUUUGAAUCUUUUUGCUGAUAUGGUUUCUAAACACAAGAUGAAUCCAAUUAUGGAGCAUUAUGGUUGUGUGGUUAGUCUUCUUUCACGAUGUGGUGAUUUGGAUGAAGCUCUUAGGCUUAUUCUCACAAUGCCAUUUCAACCUGAUGCACAUAUAUUAGGAUCAUUGCUUACUGCUUGCAGAGAACACCACGAAAUUGAACUUGGGGAGUAUUUAUCCAAACACUUGUUUAAAUUGGAACCCAGUAAUUCAGGAAACUAUGUAGCGCUUUCAAAUGCAUAUGCCGCAGCAGGAAGGUGGGUUGAGGUAUCAAACAUGAGGGAUUUGAUGAAAGUAAGGGGCCUGAGGAAGAAUCCUGGAUGCAGCUGGAUUCAAACUGGAGGCAAACUUAAUGUUUUUGUUGCUGGGGAUGGAUCACACCCAAAAACCAAGGAAAUUUAUGCAAUGCUGGCUAUGCUGCUAAGUGAAAUGCGAUUUAUGGGAUAUGUUCCUAUGGCUAGUAAUGAAGAAAAUCUCUGCUCUAGAGCGCAAAAGUUCAUCCCUGGAUUCAAAUGAAGUGAUUUGAAGAACUCCAAGAGAUAGGCAGGUUAUUGAGAGGAAAAUAAGGGUACAACGAUUGCUGCAGACAACUCCAGGGCAUUCUGAGAUAUCUACAUACAUAGGCUGCUUCUGAAAGAAAAAUGUGUUACAUUAAUAGCCUGGAAGAUGAAUUCAAAGUUUCUGAGGAUAAGGAAGAGUCUCAAAGACCUGAGUGGCAAAAAAACUCAUGACAUGGAGGUUACUUGUGAGAAGCUGAAAAGACUCUCAUUCCUAUCAACCAAGAGCCAAACAUUAUGAAAACCAUACGGAAGCUGUUAGAUGUGAAUGGUGACUUAAAGUUCCAUUUGGAUUCUGCUCAAGGCAGUUCUUGUAUAGAUGUAGUUGAGUUUAAAAGUGACCAUCAUUCUCAAGGUUGUUAUGUAAAUAUGCAGUUGAGUUAGAACACACACCAAUUAAAAUUUCUUGGUUAGAAUUGCUGUUCAUCAGCUCUGACUGAUCAUGACUGGCUUUCCAUGGAAGUGAUGUGUCUUGUAGUAGACAACUUUUGAAUAAAAAGGUGAAAAAAAUAAAGUUGAUCUA